AUGACCUGCCCAUCAGGGUAUAUAAGGAGGCCUCCUGGCCUGGGGACCCACAUCAGCUGUGGAGCUGCCUAGCAGAGGAAGCCAGGAUGGAAGGCUCCUUCUGGAAGACUUUGCUGGUGGUUGGAGCUCUUGCAGUCGGUGGGACCUCCUCAGUACCACACAAACCCCUGAACUAUGAUGAGGCCGUGGACCUUGCAGUGAGCAUCUACAACAACAGAUCUGGGGAAGACUCCCUGUAUCGUCUCCUGGAAGCUGUUCCUCAGCCUGAGUGGGAUCCUCUUUCUGAAAGCAACCAAGAGCUGAACAUCACCCUCAAGGAGACGGUGUGCCAGGUAGCAGAAGAACGUUCCUUGGAGGAAUGCAGCUUCCAAGAAGACGGGAUGGUCAUGGGAUGCACGGGCUACUAUUUCUUUGGGGAGGCUCCCCCAGUGCUUGUUCUCACCUGUGAACCUGUGGCUGAAGAGGAGGUGGAGGAGGAGGGGAACCAAGAGGAAGAGGAGGAGGAAGACGAGAAGGAUCAGCCCAGGAGGGUCAAGAGAUUCAAGAAAUUUUUCAAGAAGGCCAAGAAGAGCCUGAAGAAACGCGUCAAGAAAUUCUUCAAGAAACCGAGGGUCAUCGGGGUUUCAAUCCCCUUCUAAGAGGGGAUUCGGAAGGACCCUCCGCUCUCCAGGCCAAAGAAAACCGGCAGUCCGUCCAAUCAUUCCCCCAAAAGAUGCUCCAGCAAUAAAUAAUGUAUAAAUAAAUAAAUAUAUAUAUAUAUA